AUGCUCCAGGCCAGAAAGCUCGCCCUUACACAGAAAAGAAGCUUCAUUUUACCCACGGCGAUCACAGCCUUGGGCUCGUUGAUGUUCAACGAAAAUAAUAGGCUUGCCUCCAAGAUGGAAAGAGGUGAGCUUCACUAUGACGACCCCAACAAGGCACUCAACAAGUCCAACCAGACGAUGCUUGAGUACAAGUACUGGAAGCGUCUGGAGCCUGAGUAUCCUGGCCACGUGCCACUCUACAACUUCGAGAAGGCGCUCAUGUUCCUUGGCUCCGCAAUCGGCUCAUACUUCCAUCCCGAGAGGAACGAGAACAUUGUCGCUUUGGGUGAGUCCACCGCCAUUCGCCCUGUCUUGCGCCGUCUCCAGAGGCAAAUGUUGCUGGAUCCCGUGGGCAGACAGAUCUUGAAGGAGAGACCACGUAUAACCAGCACAUCUCUUGACCUUGACUACUUGCGUUCGUUACCAGACACAUCGAUCGGCAAAACUUACAUCAACUGGCUCGAUCGUGAGGGCGUAUCUCCAGACACCCGUGUCCCCGUGCGGUACAUUGAUGACGAAGAGUUGGCAUACAUUUUCCAGAGAUACAGAGAGUGUCACGACUUCUACCACGCCAUUACUGGGUUGCCAAUCAUCAUUGAGGGUGAAAUUGCAGUCAAGGUUUUGGAGUUCAUGAACAUGGGUAUUCCUAUGCCUGGGUUGGGAGCUCUCUUUGCGCCGUUGCGGUUAAAACCCUCCCAGAAGGAGCGUUUAUACAAUAUCUACUACCCAUGGGCGAUCCGCAGCGGGCUCAACUCAAAGCCAUUGAUUAACGUGUACUGGGAGAACAUUUUGGAGAAGGACAUCAACGAGCUUCGCCGUGAAAUUGGCAUUGAGCAACCUCCAGACUUGAGAAACUUGCGGAAGGAGUACUUUGCCAAGUUGAAGGCCGCAAAGAAAAUCUAG